ACUAACGGGGAACCAAUCGAUUUCUCAUUGUCCAGCAUCUCUCCUAUCCCAUCUCCGGACGCUUCACCUGUCCGCUUGCCUACUGAUUGGGCAUGGCUUUUGACGCGUUUGCAGCAGUGUCAAUCCGUUACACCCGAUCUGCUUGGACCACCAACCGACCACCAACCCUCUACUUUGUGUCGUCUGCCCCCGGUCGGAUGGAAUAUCUUGAUGCCACAUGGGGGUCCUAUCGUGUCCGUUCCCCCAGGUACUAUUUGUCCGGCGAGUCUAUUUGGUUUAGUCCAUUUGGACGAAACGGCUUUGUGGCGUCAUGGACCAAUCACUCGGUUGCCGGUAAGUCUUACGUACCAGUUAGUACUCCCGGUUCAGUCGAUGCACUUUUUUCUUAGCUGUUCAAUUUCUCUCUUUUUUCUCUUUCUCUCUCUCUCUCGACUAGUUGACUUUAGAUGUAGAUUUUAG